AUGGUGCACGUGAACUUCUAUCGCAACUAUGGUAAAACAUUCAAGAAACCAAGGCGUCCUUAUGAGAAGGAGCGUCUUGACGCUGAACUGAAGCUGGUCGGUGAGUAUGGGCUGAGGUGCAAGCGUGAGCUCUGGAGGGUCCAGUAUGCACUGAGCAGGAUCCGUAAUGCUGCAAGGCACUUGCUCACCCUUGAUGAGAAGAAUCCCCGCCGUAUCUUUGAGGGUGAGGCGCUUCUCCGCCGCAUGAACCGCUAUGGGCUGCUCGCUGAGGGUCAGAACAAGCUUGAUUAUGUCCUUGCCCUUACUGCUGAGAACUUCCUUGCAAGGCGCCUUCAAACACUUGUCUUCAAGGCUGGCAUGGCCAAGUCCAUUCACCAUGCUCGUGUCUUGAUCAAGCAGCGUCACAUCAGGGUUGGUAGGCAAAUUGUCAAUGUCCCAUCAUUCAUGGUGAGGGUGGAGUCUGAGAAGCACAUUGACUUUUCACUGUCAAGCCCGUUCGGUGGGGGCCCCGCAGGCAGGGUGAAGAGAAAGAACCAGAAGAAGGCAAGUGGUGGUGGCGGCGAUGGUGGUGAUGAGGAUGAGGAGUGA